AUGCCCCAAGUCGCAUUACAUUUAGAGAAACUGAUAAACUUACAAGAAGAUCAUAAUCAUAACAAUGUUCCCUCCAUGCAAUCAUCAAAACUCGCGAAAAGGUGGAAGGAGUACCAUGGCAUGAACAAUUGGGACGGUUUACUAGACCCGUUAGACGAUAAUUUACGUGCUGAAAUCCUACGGUACGGUCAUUUCGUGGAAACUGCCUACAAAUCAUUCGAGUUUGAUCCUUCUUCCCCCAACUAUGCGAACUCUAGGUUCCAUAAAAAAAAUCUUUUUGAAAGGUGUGGUUUACCUAACACGGGAUACAAGGUGACCAAGUACCUCCGUGCAACCUCAGGAAUUCAGUUACCUAGUUGGGUUGACAAAGCACCAACAUGGGUUGGAAAACAAUCGAGCUAUAUUGGAUAUAUAGCGGUGUGUCACAACAAGGAAGUGAUCAAAAGGCUUGGUCGACGCGAUAUUGUGGUGGCAUAUAGAGGAACCACUACAUGCUUGGAAUGGUUAGAGAAUUUCCGUGCCACUCUUACCAAUCUCCCUAUCUCAGGCCACACUAAAAGAUGUUUUGAAAAAAGUGGGGCCAUGGUAGAAAGCGGAUUCUUGAGUUUGUAUAAUUCAUCGUUUCCUGCAAAAUCACCGUCUCUGCAAGAAAUGGUGAGACGCGAGAUAUCAAGAAUUCUCCAAACCUACCGCGGAGAGCAUAUGAGUUUGACUGUCACCGGUCAUAGUCUGGGGGCAGCAUUGGCCACUCUCACGGCGUAUGACAUCAAGGCCGCCCUUCCAGGCCUGCCGGUGACUGUAAUCUCUUUUGGUGGGCCCCGCGUAGGGGAUAGGAGGUUCCGACGACAACUUGAGAGGCAAGGGACCAAGGUUUUGCGGAUAGUUAACUCUGAGGAUGUGAUCACCAAGGUUCCGGGGUUUGUGUUCGAUGAUGAGGUGGCGAGUGGUGGAAAGGUCCAUGUGGCUGGGUUUCCGAGGUGGGUACAAAAGAGGGUGGAGGAGGCACAAUGGGUGUACGCGGAGGUUGGGAGGGAACUGCGGUUAUGUAGCAGGAAUUCUCCUUACUUGGGAAACACGAACGUUGCAACAUGUCACGAGCUCAACACCUAUUUGCACCUUGUUGAUGGCUUUAUCAGCUCCACUUGUCCCUUUAGAGCCUCCGCAAAGAGGUUUCUCCGACGUUGA